AUGACGACGAUGGUAUCCACGACUUGUGCUGGUUUUCGCUGUCUCGACCGUGACGAGUGUUAUCACUACGACGAGAAACUCAAUACGACUACAUUCAUCCACGAUGGUACCUCUUGUCAUAACACACGGAUAGAAGUGCAACAUCGUUUUCGGUACCACAACGUGGACGGUGAUAUGCAGAUGCUCAAUUCAGACGAAGUUCAGAAGCUCAUGAAAUGCACAUAUACCAGCAAAUUGCUGUUUCAAAGGACGCAUUUGUUGCGUAACUACCCUUUCUGGGGCUUUUCAGACUGGAUAGAGGAUGGAUUAGAGUACUUUGCAACCCUUUCAUUAAGCAACAACUCUCAAGUAUCACCAAAAGUAGCUAUUGGACACGUUUCAAUGCUGAGUCAAGUUGAAAAGGAACCACUCGGAUUAUUCGCAGCUGAAGACCUCAAGUGCUAUGAGUACCUUGGAGAAUAUGCUGGAGUGAUCAAGGUGGAUGCUAGUGAAAUGAACAAGUUUGACCCGUAUGGCAUCUCGUAUCCAUCUGUGUACGAAGGCGGUACUCUAUACGUGAGUGCAAGCGAGUACGGCAACGUCAUUCGUUGCAUUAAUCACAGUGCAACCCCAAACGCGCGGUUCGUGCCAAUAGUUUACAAGGGCAUUCUUUGUAUCUUCUGCUUUAUGAUCCAGGAUAUUAAGCAAGGGGACCAAAUUUUCGUCAACUAUGGACCUUCGUACUGGAAGUCGACGGGUAUCGAGCCCAUUGCUUUUCACGAACCAGCGGAAGUCUAA